AUGCAAAGUAGUAGAAAAGACCGCUCAAGAUCACCUGUGCGAGUUGAUAGCGUAGGUCGCAGACGUGAAGGCAAAGAAGCUAAUGGGGGACUUAAAGCAGGUGAAUUGCAAAAUGUCCCCCAAAUGAAUCCAAUGAUGAUGACAAAUAUGUAUCCACAAGGAAAUAUGAUGAUGGCUGGAGGAAUGUAUCCUAAUAUGAUGAUGCCAGGCACAAUGAUGGGUGGCAGUAUGAUGCAUUCCACAGGAAUGGAGAUGAUGCAGGGGACUGGUAUGGAAAUGAUUCCACAAACAUCAAUAGACAUGACUGCAAUGGGUAGCCAAGCUAUUGCCUCAACUGGUAGUACCAUGGAUAUAAGUAUGAUGGGCGGAAUGAUGAUGGAUCCAUCUAUGAUAGGAAUGUACCCCAGCAUGAGUACAGAAAUGACAACUGUUCGGGAUAAAAAAGAGAUUGUUUUUAAACAUUGCAAGCUUAUUCCGCCUGAUUCACAUACUCCUCAGCCUCCUCGCAAGAGCAGACCUCCGGGGUGUAGAACUAUAUUUGUUGGUGGUUUACCUGAUAAGACCAGGGAAAGUACUGUAAGAGAAAUUUUUGAGACUUAUGGCCGAAUUCACACUUUGAGAUUGUCUAAGAAAAACUUUUGUCAUAUUCGCUUUGAUAGAGAAGAAUGUGUGGAAGCUGCUAUAUUGUUAUCUGGGUAUCGCAUUAAACUAAUUAAUAAUAGUAAAGAUGAUGAUAAAUCUGACGAUGACAAGGCAAACUUUGGGUGGUUGCAUGUUGAUUAUGCAUUGAGUCGAGAUGACCAGAAUGAUUAUGAAAGGAAUCAGAGGCUGGCAUUAAGAGUUCAACAGCAACAAAUGGAACAUUUGAAUGCUCAGCAGGAAAUGGUAAAUCGCUCGAUGUCCAUGAGCAAUUAUGUACGGUCUCCAUCACCAGUGAGGUUGCAGCCAUUUUCCAAUGCAGCUAUGGUACAAUUGUCUGAAAAAAUAAAAAGUGAAGAGCAGUUUUCUUCAUCUUUACCUACUCUGUUAGCCUGGUUAGAACGUGGGGAAUGUUCAAAGAAGAAUGCAAAUCAGUUUUAUACAAUGAUACAAACUACCAAUUCUCAUAUACGCAGACUAUUUAGUGAGAAAAUGCAAGCAGAGGAAGAACUACAAGAGUGCAAGGAAAGAGUCAAGAACCUAAUCGCCACUGUGAUCGAACAACUCGAACAGGUGGGGAAAGUGUUUGUAGCUGCCUCUCAUCAACGCGUCUGGGAUCACUUCACGAAACCACAAAGGAAGAAUAUUGAAACCUGGCACAAAAUGACACAGGAAUUUCACACACUAAAAGAAGAAUUCAAUGAAAAAUUUUACAGUGAUGAAACUGAUUUUAGUGGUUUCUCCAGCAACAAAGCCUCCGAUAGUAAUAGCGAAGAAAUACAGCAACUGAAGCGCGAGAACGAAAGUCUUCGGUUCCAACUAGAAGCUUAUAAAAAUGAAGUGGAUGUAAUCAAAAUAGACGCUCAAAAGGAAAUGGACAAGUUUAAAGCGCAAGUUAUCGCACGACAAGCCUUACAAGGAGCCGUCGAUAACAACCCGCCACUGCCACUGCCGUUACCAGACGAUCUAGACUCCAAAGUACACCUAAAGGAAGUAGUUGAAGCAGGCUGCGGGGAAGCCAAGUUGAUUGGUGUCAUGUCAGCAUUCUUACAAGUUCAUCCACAAGGAGCUAGCCUGGACUACGUAGUGUCGUACGUACGAGCUCUCUUUCCCAACGUCUCACAAGCAACUGUACAUCACGUACUCCAAAGGCACCAAGAUGUAUUUAGUCGCAGUACAACAGGCGUUGGCGCCAACAUUGAACAUCGGUGGUCGUUUAUAGCUUUCAACAAAGAAGAGAUUAGCAAAUAG